AUAUGAAUUCACUCUUUCUAUUUUAGUAGCAGUGGUGAUGUGCUUGUUUAUAUUGUAUGAAAGAAAUUAGGUGAUGGGAAUAAAUUAGAAAAAAUUGUUUAUAGUAUUCUCUUCUCGAUUUGUAUACUAUUGGCAGAGCGUUUACAGACAAGAAGAAACCCUAGAAAAUAAUUCUGAAAUCAAAAUAUUUCUGAAAAUGGAGAGAAGAUUUAGUUUGAUUCAGACAAUUGCCACUGCCGCUGCAUUCUCUGCUGUUUCCGCAUGGUACGGGUUCAUGUUUGGAAGAGAAUCUGCUCGCAAAGAGCUGGAACAACUAAUCGAGGGUCUUCGCCGUGGAGAUUCACCUCCUCCUCCCCAUUCUUAAUCGGUCAGCAUUUUCAUGUUGGUCCAUAUCUGAACUGUGGAUUUUUAAUGCUGGUUGGGCAAAUUCAGAUGCUUGGAUCUGGUUUUCAGUAAGAAGUGGACAGCAAGAAUGGAAUUUUCAUCAAUAACCUUUAAGGCAUUAAACUGAGUCAAAGCUCUCAACCAAGGUUUCUUGAAGCUGAACCAUGGACCAUCUCUGCACCAUACUUUUCAUGGCUUCUUACAUUUUGUUGUCCUUACUGAAAAUGUGUUUUUUCUGUUGAUGGUUGUCAUCGAACCAUAGCAUGUUGACUAAUGGUGCAGAUUUCUUCUUCCUUUUCUGAGAAAGUUUGCAUUUUGUUGAUCUUAAGAUGUGUUGGCAAUGAGUUUGGUUUGCUAAAAAUUUUACCUGUACCAUUGUUCCAAUGACCUCCUAUUAUAAUAUAGUGUUUCUGAAAAAUUGUUUGGUA